AUGAAUAGUACAAGAGGGUUAAAAAACGUCUUUUAUGGAGUUGAUUACGCACCAAGAAAUGUCAUUUUCCCAAUAUGUGGAGCAACAAUGCAUGAAGUUAUGUUGGAUGUCGCGCUUCUAUCACAGGUCACUUCAAGAAUAAGAACUUAUGGGACUCAGUGUAAUCAAGCUCGGAUGAUUUUAGACUCUAUCAAGACCUUGAAUUUGAAUGUCUCAUUAUCCAUGGGUGUUUGGAUUGGCCCUGAUGAUGAUAUUAAUCAACAACAACUUAAGGAUAUGAAAAACAUAUUGAAGGACUAUCCAAGAAAGCACUUUGAAUCUAUAUACGUCGGUAAUGAAGUUUUGUUUCGUGAGGAACAAAGCACGGAUCAGCUUAUAAAAUACAUUAAAGAAGCUAAAGAAUAUGUUCAAAACGAGUUGAAAUGGGAUUUAUCAGUGGGUACUUCAGAACUUGGGUCAAAGGUAGAUCCAAAAGUAUUGGAGGUAUCUGACAUUUUUGGAUCCAAUACUCAUCCAUUUUUUACUGGUGGUAACGUUCAGCUAGCAACUAAAUGGGUUUAUGAUUUUGUAAAGUAUCAAAUAGAGCCAUUGAAGGACAAAAUGGAUGAAGAUAAGUUUCCUCAAAUCGUGAUAUCGGAAAUAGGAUGGCCAUAUCAAGGUGGACGGUAUAAAACUGCUGUUGCUGGUAAACGUCAUAUGCAAUACUUUCUUAAUAGUUGGGUCUGUGAAGCUAAGCAAAGAGAUUACCCUUGGUUCUAUUUUGAAGCAUUUGAUGAGCCAUGGAAACAAGUAUAUCAUAAAGAAAAUGCAAAAUGGGAAACAGAAUGGGGUCUAUUUACAGCUGAUAGAAAACUUAAAGAAGGAAUCACAUUUCCCCAGUGCUAA